GCGGCGGUGUCAGCCCGGGGGACCUGCGCGCGUCCGGUGCCCGCCACUUAACUGGGCAGGAUGACCUGGGUACGACUCGGACAUUCAUCUGUAAAAUAACCACACUAACUACUGGGGUUGUUUGCUGUAUUAAAUAGGGCCGUAUAUAUAAAGUUUGAUAAGGACUCAAUAAAGGUGAGCUGCUUUUAUUAUUACCGAGGUAUGCUGUUCUUUUCAUUCUUGGCUCAUUUAAUCAUAAUCAUCAUGACCAUCCUUUGAAUCGGCAUUAACCACCUCCAUUUUAAUAAACAGGAGUACGAAAGGUCGGAAAUUGAUUGGUUUACUCAGCGUUAGCGGUGACGGGGGUGGGUAAAUUCGUUUUAUUUACUCUUUGGUUCAUGCGGUUUCCUACAGCCUUGGGCUGUAUUUAGUACAAUAAUUGUCCCUAAGCAUAACUGUGGAGUGUAAUGGACCUAACCUAGUAUUCAAUUAACAAAAAUUCUUGAGGUUUCCUCAGAACCCUUGUGUCAAAAGGAUAAUUGAGGCCCUUCCCUCAUUCUCCAACCUAUUUGUAUUCUCAGAGGACUGUUACACAUGUAAAUUGAGCCCUGAAUCUUACAUAUUAUUGGAGAAGCUGGGAAUCCUCUCCAAGCCGGAGACUACUUUCUAGAGGGGGAAUGGGACACACUUUGUUAAAAAGACAAAAACUAGAAUUUCAUCCUUGCUCCGUGUUAUUAAGGUGCUAUCAUAAUGCCUCUGGCUGGUGUAUCUGGGCUUAUUAUUAGGCAUUUUGUAAGCAUCAGGCCAUCGGGAAGAGCUUUCUGCUAUCUCAGCAUUAUGGCAUCUAGUUACCUUUUGCUUACCUACAUCAAGGGCCUGUUCUGGGAUUUAUGGUGUCAAAUUGUUAUUUUAGAAGUUAGAUUUGUGUCCCUGUCAUAAUUCUUCGAGGCCUAAUUAAAUUUUACCCUUGGCCCAGCCCAGGCUUGGAGGGGACAGUGAAUUCCAGGGUACUGUUGGGAUUGUGGCACUGAGUGAAAAUUUACAGAAUCAAAAUGGUACGUGAAAGUUUAAAAAUUAGAUCUAAUCCCUCCUCACGUUAAAUAUAAUACCACUGAAACGAAGUCACUAGGUUUGUUAAUGCCAGAGACUAGCACGGAACCAAAGUCUCCAGGUCCACUGCACCAUGCUUAAGUCAAAACUGGUGUCUUAGAGAAGUGAUUUUUGAGAAACUGCAAUUUAGGGAGAAGAGACAUGUUAAUUUUUGAGAGCUCUGAAGACUUUCUAACUUCGUGGGGUUUAUAAUGUUAAUAGGAACAAUUGUUAUGUAACAAACACUUCUUUAUCAGUUCUUUUCAACAUCAUUUGUAAUGCCAGCAUAGGGAUCCACACUUUGGAUAUGUGUUAUACAUUUUGCCUAACUUGCUCUUAUUGGAUGUUUAAGUUUUCAAUUCUUUUGUAUUAUUUAGUAAAUGGGUACAUAAUUUGCAAAACAGCUAGUAGGAAAGAAAUGUUUAGAUUCACUCAAAAAUUUCCCAGAUUCAUCGAGGUUGUAUCAGAGUCACCAGUGGACAGGUGGGUAUUCCUUUAUCAUGCCCCUUUCUAUUCCUUCUCAUGGCUCAAAGGGAUAUUUUCCUAGGGGUUUAUGUUUGACUAAAAUGUAUGGAAAUUUCUCACAGGUGAUUCCUGAGCGGCAAGAUAAGGUCUCUUAAGACUUCUGUCUUCCACCUUUCCCUGUUCUGGCUUCAUAGUUUCUAUCCUUUCCCAAGAGCUGCAGAACAUGAACAAGUAUCAGGGACCUGUAACAUUCAAGGAUGUUAUUGUGGAAUUCACCCGGGAGGAGUGGCGGUUACUGGACGCUGCUCAGAGGACCCUGUACAAGGAAGUGAUGCGGGAGAACUACGGUCACCUAGUCUCAGUGGGUUACUGUGUGAAUAAGCCAAAUGCAGUCUUCAAGCUGAAGCAAGGAAAAGAACCGUGGAUACUGGAGGUGGAAUUCCCACGUCGGAACUACCCAGAAGACCUUUGGAAGAUUCAUGACUUAGGAGCAAGAUCCCAGGGAAGCCAAGCUGAAAAUUCAAGGAAUGGAGAACUCACAAAACACCAGCAAACUCCUGCCAGAGAGAAAAUCUAUAAAUGUAGUGAAUGUGGAAAGUCCUUCUGCCAGAAGUCUAUCCUCCUAAUACAUCAGCACACUCACUCAAAGGACAAACCCAGGGAAUGUGGGACAUCGGUCCCUAGGAAUGGAGACCUCACAAGACAACAGAAAGGUCAAGGCAGAGAGAAAACCUAUGAAUGUAAAGAAUGUACGAAAACCUUCUACCACCUGUCCUCUCUUAGUAGACACUUGAGAACUCAUGCAGGGGAGAAACCCUACGAAUGCAAUCAGUGUGAGAAAUCCUUCUACCAGAAGCCACACCUUGUGGAACAUCAGAAAACACACACAGGAGAGAAACCCUAUGAGUGUAACGAGUGUGGGAAGUUCUUCUAUGUUAAGGCAUACCUCAUGGUACAUCAGAAAACACACACGGGGGAGAAGCCGUAUGAAUGUAAGGAAUGUAGGAAAUCCUUUUCCCAGAAAUCACACCUCACGGUACAUCAGAGGACACACACAGGGGAGAAACCCUAUAAAUGUAAGGAAUGUGGGAAAUUCUUUUCUAGAAAUUCACACCUCAAAACUCAUCAGAGAACUCACACAGGAGAGAAACCCUAUGAAUGUAAGGAGUGUGGGAAGUGUUUCUACCAGAAGUCAGCCCUCACAGUGCACCAGCGAACUCACACAGGGGAGAAGCCCUUUGAAUGUAAUAAAUGUGGAAAAAACUUUUACUAUAAAUCAGACCUCACUAAACACCAGAGAAAACACACAGGGGAGAAGCCUUAUGAAUGUCAAGAAUGCGGUAAAUCCUUCUCUGUGAAUUCAGUCCUCAGAUUACAUCAAAGGACUCACACAGGAGAGAAACCCUAUGAAUGUAAGGAGUGUGGGAAAUCCUUCUCUCAGAAGUCACAUUUUAUCAUACAUCAGAGAAAACACACAGGGGAGAAACCCUAUGAAUGUCAGGAGUGUAGGAAAACUUUUAUCCAGAAAUCAAAACUCACUGCCCAUCAGAAGACACACACAGAGGAAAAAAGCUUAUAAACAGCAUGAAUUGGGAACUUUUUUCUGAGUUCAUCCUUCAGAAUAAUCAGAUAAUUCACACAAGACCAAAAAACUUAGGAAUAUCAUCUAUAUGGGAACGUUUUAGUCAUAAGAGUGUUUCUUGACAGCAAAUACACAAAAAUUCUUUGAAUCUAGAAGGAAGAAAUUUUUACCAUAUGUUAGACUUUAGUGUCAGACACUCUACAAAUUGUAAAGCGUGAGAGAGACCAUUCUUUUAGAAGUCACAGUAUACUGUACAACAGAAAUCACAUGAGAGAAGAACAAAUAAAAAAAAAGGUCAGGAACUUUCUGGUCAGGGCAGCCAUCACUAGAUAUCCCAAAGCUCAUGUGAAUGAGAGCCUCCUAUCCGUGUCCAUCCUGAGCUUCAGAAAUACUUUACAGGUGGACUCCAAACGCUCAAAGGGGUGACUAGACGUCAAAACAGAUCCAGAAGCCCUUCUUGAGAAGUGACGUCUCUGUGACCUUCAGAUGAGCGAUGCCAGGAUAGAACCAUCGCAGACAUCUCAAAUACGUCAGUUUCCUGACAAAAACCUCAGUAUCUGUAUUGGGUGAGAGUGACAGUUACGCCAGAACUCAUGUUGCAGCGACUGGAUUGUGAGGGUUGGGUUAUUUUUUUCUUUGAAGAAACCUGCAAAUGUCUAGAUAGAUAGAUAGAUGAAGCUUUUUAAAAAGCACAAACCCAUUGAGAAGCCAGGUGACAUCCUUAAACUCACGUGAAAAGUCCUUGAGUGGAGCUGACGUGUGUCCGCGUGCUGCUAGGCCAAUCACAGAUGUCUGUGCGUACAUGGAUCCCAUCCGUAAGUGUACACAGGAAAAUCCGUAACCUCAGCUCCGCAGCUCUCACGUGCAUGAGGAGAUCCCACGUCAACCCUCAGCAUUGACUCCUGUUGUUCCAGUGUGUAUUUUAAGUGUACUGUUCUUUUACAAUUUAAUGCAUCUCUACUUCCUGGCAUUUCUAAGUGAA